CAUAUUAUAUAUAUAUAUAAAUCGUAUAUAAUAAUAGUAACAUAGUUCUACAAGACUGAUUAUAACGGAGUAGUAUUCACCGCCAUGGAAGCUUAGACAGUAUACAUACUCCUUCGUAUAUAGGAUUUUAGAGAGAGAAAAAUCGACCGCUAAGCUACAUCAUCAUUAUAAGAGAGCACCAUCAACAAUUAACACUUGCCUCUUCCUCCUUUCAACAGUUAUUCUCUUCUCUCUCUAAAAAACUAUAUAUAUAUACAUGUAUAUGUAUCUAUCUAUAGACGUGUAUGCCCAAGCAACGUAACCUAUCAUUCCCUAAUUCUUCCCGAAUCUAGAUUGGAUUUUGCGUUUGGUAGAGAAAUCUGUUCGGAUUAUAGGGUUUCUGAUUGGAGAUUUUGGGGAUUGGAGAGCUGAUUCGAGAAAGAUUCGAUCUUUUUCGUUUGUGGGAAGCGAUUGAAUUCGAAUAUUAUUAAUUUAUUUUUUUUAGGGUUUGGAGAUGAUGAGAGUUUGUGAAUCGGGAAGCGUUUGAUCGCCGUUUAUCGGCGAGGCGAUUCGGGGUUUUGAGGGGGCUGGGUUUUUGUAUGGAAACUCGGAGCCGGAAGCGGGCGGAGGCCACCUCGUCAGCGCCUUCUUCUUCUUCGUCUGGUCCAACCACCCGUUCCACCAAGCGAGCUCGUCUUUCCGCCACCGCCACUGCCGCCGCAGCUGCUUCUUCGUCUUCAGUUCCCACCACUAACCCCGUCGUCGUUUCAUCAAUCUCGACUCGUUCACGAACUACUCGGUCCCAAGACUCUCUGGCUUCUUCCACUCCCAUGGAUUCCACCAACGAAUCGUCUGGCUCUGCUGCCCGGCGUGAGCCCGGUGGCCGACGUGGAAAGAAUCAGGGUUCAGAUAAGGAUAACUCGGAUAAAGGAAAGGAAAAGGAGCAUGAAGUUAGGGUUAGGGAUAGAGAGAGGGAAACCGAGAGGAGCUUAGGGUUGAACAUAGACGGUGGUGGUGGGUUAGACGACGAUGAUAAUGACAGUGAGGGCGGUGUUGGGAUUUUGCAUCAGAAUUUGACCUCUGCAAGUAGUGCACUUCAAGGGCUCCUUCGCAAAUUGGGAGCAGGAUUGGAUGAUUUGCUUCCAUCAUCGGCUAUGGGAUCUGCCUCGUCAUCGCAUCAGAGCGGCCGUCUCAAGAAGAUAUUAUCUGGGUUGCGAGCAGAUGGCGAGGAGGGGCGGCAAGUUGAGGCAUUGACACAGCUUUGUGAAAUGCUAUCGAUUGGAACUGAGGAUUCCCUCAGUACAUUCUCUGUGGACUCUUUUGUUCCUGUGCUCGUGGGGCUGCUUAACCAUGAGAGCAAUCCUGAUAUCAUGCUCCUUGCUGCCAGGGCGCUGACCCAUCUGUGUGACGUGCUACCGUCAUCGUGCGCUGCAGUUGUGCAUUAUGGUGCUGUUUCCUGUUUUGUUGCUCGGCUGCUCACAAUUGAGUACAUGGACUUGGCUGAACAGUCACUGCAAGCUUUAAAGAAGAUAUCUCAGGAGCACCCAACAGCUUGUUUGAGAGCUGGCGCACUUAUGGCAGUACUUUCGUAUCUUGAUUUCUUCUCCACAGGAGUUCAGCGAGUAGCAUUGUCUACUGCUGCAAAUAUGUGCAAGAAACUCCCUUCAGAUGCAUCUGAUUUUGUGAUGGAAGCUGUUCCUUUGUUGACAAACCUUCUUCAGUACCACGAUGCGAAGGUGUUAGAGCAUGCGUCUGUUUGCUUGACUAGAAUUGCUGAGGCAUUUGCAUCAUCUCCAGAUAAGCUGGAUGAACUUUGCAAUCAUGGACUAAUUACACAAGCUGCCUCACUUGUUUCCACCAGUAGUUCUGGAGGUGGUCAGGCAUCUCUUAGUACACCAACAUACACGGGCUUAAUCAGGCUGCUUUCAACAUGUGCAAGUGGUUCACCUCUAGGAGCCAAAACUUUGUUACUCCUUGGGAUCAGUGGCAUUCUUAAAGAUAUACUAUCAGGUUCUGGCCUUGUUGCAAGCAUAUCUGUUUCCCCGGCCUUAAGUAGACCGCCAGAGCAGAUAUUUGAGAUCGUGAAUCUUGCAAAUGAGCUUCUUCCCCCACUUCCUCAAGGAAUCAUCUCUCUUCCAGCCAGCACUAAUUUGUUUGUUAAAGGAUCUUUGUCAAAGAAGUCUACUGUCAGUAGUUCUGGCAAACAAGAAGAUACAAAUGGAGGUGUGCCUGAGGUUUCAACUCGUGAGAAACUAUUAAAUGAUCAACCAGAACUUUUGCAGCAAUUUGGAAUGGACAUUCUUCCAGUUCUGAUUCAGAUAUAUGGAUCCAGCGUGAAUGGUCCUGUUCGCCACAAAUGUCUCUUAGUUAUUGGAAAAUUGAUGUACUUCAGCUCUGCAGAUAUGAUCCAGUCUUUAAAUAGCGUGACAAACAUAUCGAGUUUCUUAGCUGGGGUUUUAGCAUGGAAGGAUCCACAAGUUUUGAUUCCUGCUCUUCAGAUAGCCGAGAUUCUAAUGGAAAAGCUUCCUGGGACUUUCUCAAAGAUGUUUGUGAGAGAAGGUGUUGUUCAUGCUGUAGAUGCACUUAUAGGAACUGGGUCCUCUAGCACUGCUCCUUCCCAACCAUCUUCAAAUGAGAAGGAUAAUGAUUCUAUACCUGGAACAUCAUCACGUUCUAGGCGUUAUCGACGACGUGGUGCUAACUCAAACCCAGAUGUAAGUUCAACUGAAGAUUCAAAAAGCUCGGUUCCGAAUGUUGGUUCACCUCCUUCAGUAGAAAUUCCAACCGUCAAUUCUAGUCUUCGGAUGGCAGUCAGUUCAUGUGCCAAAGUUUUUAAAGAUAAAUACUUCCCUUCGGAUAGUGGGACCAGUGAAGUUGGAGUUACAGAUGAUCUUCUACAUUUAAAGAAUCUUUGCAUGAAGCUGAAUGCUGGCAUUGAUGAUCAAAAGACUAAAUCAAAGGGAAAGUCCAAAGCCACUGGAAUUUUUGCCGAUAUUUCUGGUAGUAAAGAGGAGAAUUUGGUCGGGGUAAUAUCUGAGAUGCUAGCAGAGCUUAGCAAAGGGGAUGGUGUGUCCACUUUUGAGUUUAUUGGUAGUGGAGUUAUUAAUGCUUUACUGAACUAUUUUUCAUGUGGAUGCUUCUCGAAGGAAAGAAUUUCAGAUGCUAACCUGCCCAAGCUUCGACAACAAGCAAUCAGAAGAUACAAGUCAUUUGUUGCAGUCUCCCUCCCUUCGAGUGUUGAUGAAGGGAACCUGGCUCCUAUGAGUGUGUUAGUUCACAAGCUUCAAAGUGCCUUGUCCUCCUUAGAGCGCUUUCCAGUGGUGCUGAGCCAUUCUUCUAGGUCAUCUAGUGGAAAUGCACGCCUAUCUUCUGGUCUAAGUGCAUUGUCCCAGCCAUUUAAGUUGCGUCUUUGUCGAGCACAGGAAGAUAAAUCUCUCCGUGAUUAUUCUUCAAAUGUUGUACUAAUUGAUCCAUUAGCAAGUUUAGCAGCUGUGGAAGACUUUCUUUGGCCUCGAGUUCAACGAAGUGAGUCUGGACAGAAACCCUCAUCAUCGGUGGGGAACUCUGAGUCUGGUACAACACCUGGAGCUGGUGCUUCAUCACCAUCUUCUUCUACUCCUGCUUCCACCACUCGUCGCCCUUCUACUAGAUCCAGAUCGUCUGUUAAUAUAGGAGACACAGCAAAAAAGGAGUUGUCUGAAGAAAAAGACACAAAUUUGUCGAAGGGAAAGGGUAAAGCUGUCUUGAAGCCUGCUCAAGAGGCAAGAGGACCACAAACUAGAAAUGCUGCCCAUAGAAGAUCAGCUUUGAAUAAAGAUGCACAAAUGAAGCCAGUAAAUGGGGACUCUAGUUCUGAGGAUGAGGAGUUGGAUAUAUCUCCUGUUGAAAUUGAUGAUGCGUUGGUGAUCGAAGAUGACGAUAUCUCAGAUGACGAUGAAGAUGACCAUGAUGAUGUGCUAAGAGAUGAUUCUCUUCCAGUUUGCAUGUCAGACAAAGUACACGACGUUAAACUGGGUGACUCAGCUGAUGAUAAUCCUGUUGGUCCUGCAACAAGUGAUAGCCAGACCAAUCCAGCUUCUGGUUCUAGUAGUAGAGCAGCCACGCUUAGGGGCUCGGAUUCUACAGAAUUUAGGAGUGGGAAUUCUUUCGGUUCAAGAGGUGCAAUGUCAUUUGCCGCUGCUGCCAUGGCUGGGCUUGCAUCUGCAAAUGGUAGGGGCAUAAGGGGAGGCAGAGACCGGCAAGGGCGCCCUCUGGUUGGUUCUAAUGAUCCUCCUAGACUAAAAUUUUCUGCAGGUGGGAAGCAGCUUAACAGGCACUUGACUAUCUAUCAGGCCAUUCAACGUCAGCUUGUGUUGGAUGACGAUGAUGAUGAGAGGUAUACUGGAAGUGAUUUUGUUCCUAGUGAUGGAAGCAGGUUGUGGAGUGAUAUUUACACCAUUACGUACCAAAGGGCAGACACCCCAAGUGAUAGGACCUCUGUUGGGGCUUUAAAUUCUACUACCCCAUCUAAAUCUACAAAAGUUGGGUCUACAUCGAAUUCCAAUUCUGACUCCUCAUUGCAUCGAAUGUCACUUCUCGAUAGCAUUUUGCAAGGGGAACUUCCUUGUGAUCUGGAAAGAUGUAAUCCUACUUACAAUAUAUUGGCAUUAUUGCGUGUAUUAGAGGGUCUGAAUCAGCUCGCACCUCGUUUAAGAGUCCAGGCAGUGACUGACAUUUUUUCCAAAGGGAAGAUUUCGAAUCUAGAUGAGCUGAGUGCUACUGGUAUCAAGGUUCCUUCUGAGGAUUUUAUCAAUAGUAAGCUCACUCCAAAAUUGGCCCGACAAAUCCAGGAUGCCCUUGCCCUUUGUAGUGGUAGUCUUCCUUCAUGGUGUUAUCAGUUGACAAAAGCAUGUCCAUUCUUGUUUCCUUUCGAGACAAGGCGUCAGUACUUCUAUUCUACUGCUUUUGGGUUGUCUCGUGCAUUGUAUCGCCUUCAACAGCAGCAGGGUGCUGAUGGUCACGGAUCAGCCAAUGAGAGAGAGGUGAGAGUUGGGAGGUUACAGCGCCAGAAAGUCCGUGUGUCCCGAAAUCGCAUUCUGGAUUCUGCUGCAAAAGUCAUGGAGAUGUACUCAAGCCAAAAGGCUGUUCUUGAAGUAGAAUAUUUUGGUGAAGUUGGCACUGGAUUGGGUCCUACCUUGGAAUUUUACACUCUUUUAAGUCAUGACUUGCAAAAAGUUGGACUGGGAAUGUGGAGGUCAAAUUUUUCAUCAAAUGAACCUCCAAUGGAAGCUGAUGGAGAUAAACAGAAGAAUAGGAAAACCAAUAAUGUCACUGGUUUGGAUACUGCUGUGGGUGAUAGAGAUCUUGUCCAUGCUCCUCUUGGGUUGUUUCCUCGUCCUUGGCCUCCAAAUGCUGAUGCUUCUGGUGGUAGCCAAUUUUCAAAGGUUAUUGAAUAUUUUCGGUUGGUUGGGCGUGUGAUGGCCAAAGCGCUUCAAGAUGGGCGACUCUUGGACUUGCCACUUUCAACAGCAUUGUACAAGCUUGUGCUUGGUCAUGAGCUAGAUUUACAUGACAUCUUUUCCUUUGAUGCCGAAUUCGGGAAGACGUUGCAAGAAUUGCAAGCCCUUGUUUGCCGGAAACAAUACCUAGAAUCUAUGGAUGGUCAUAGUUGUGAUGGAAUUGCUGAUUUAUGUUUUCGUGGGGCUCCAAUUGAAGAUCUCUGUUUGGAUUUUACCCUUCCUGGUUAUCCAGAUUACAUUUUGAAACCAGGCGAUGAUAAUGUGGAUAUUAAUAACUUGGAGGAAUACAUUUCUCUGGUUGUUGAUGCUACUGUCAAGACAGGGAUUACACGGCAAAUGGAAGCAUUUAGAGCCGGAUUUAAUCAGGUGUUUGACAUCUUGACCCUACAAAUAUUUUCUCCGCAUGAGUUGGACUAUUUGCUUUGUGGCCGUAGAGAAUUAUGGGAGGCAGAGACACUUGUAGAUCACAUCAAAUUUGAUCAUGGAUACACUGCCAAGAGCCCUGCAAUUCUUAAUUUACUUGAGAUUAUGGGUGAAUUCACCCCGGAGCAGCAACGAGCUUUUUGUCAAUUUGUUACUGGUGCACCUCGGCUUCCGCCUGGUGGUCUGGCAGUGCUGAAUCCAAAGUUGACUAUUGUUAGAAAGCAUUCUUCAAGCACUGGUAACACAAUGUCGAAUGGGAUUGGAUCAUCAGAAUCUGCGGAUGAUGACUUGCCUAGUGUGAUGACAUGUGCCAAUUACCUGAAACUUCCUCCCUACUCCACCAAGGAAAUUAUGUUCAAGAAACUACUCUAUGCAAUCAGCGAAGGGCAGGGAUCUUUUGAUUUAUCAUGAUUCUUCAAACUGACUAGUUGAGCUGUGCUUUCGGGGUCUUUUCUUAACUGAGCUGAUUUUAGUUAGCAUCUAUUCUGCUCAAUAAUGGCUUCCUUUUUUCGGCCUACCCAAAUAGCGGCACUCUUGAGGUCAGUUUCUCUAUAUUCAUGGAGGAUGUAUGGUUGAAUUAUGUUAUCGGGACGAAUAAGAUCAGCGGGUUUAUUUGGGUCCAGGUUGACCGAUUUGUCGCCUGUUCAGAGAAGCUUCUGUUGUGGAAGGAAUUUGUGGAGCUCUUUUCUUCUGCUGCAAGUGUUUGUAAAUAAAUAGGAAAUUGUCAUAUUUAUCUUUUCUUUCAACUUAUUGGCUGGUGGAGAGUUUUAUACAUGUAUGGGCAUGUAUUUUUUGCCCUUACUCUUUUUUCCAUUCUAAAUUUAGUGAUCUUUGCUGCUAACAAAAUUUUUCUUUUUUCAGAACAAUAAAAAUUAGUGUAAAAAGGAAAAAAUCUUGAGAUUUAUUAUUAUUAUUAUUUUUUACUUA